AUGGAUCCACAUGGCUGCGAAACGCGUACGUCAAAGGAGGGUCAUCAACGGACAUUGCAAGCACUUGAUCAAUCGGACCGGUACACGCUCCCAACUUACAGUCGCCCUGAUAUCAUUAUUGAGCGAGGGAAAGGCGCUUUUCUCUUUGACACUGAAGGACGGUCUUAUCUUGAUUUUACCGCUGGUAUCGCUGUCACGGCUCUCGGACAUGCGGAUGCCACCGUGGCCCAGGUGCUCUAUGAUCAGGCAACCAAACUGGUUCACAUUAGCAACGCUUUUCACAACGAAAAUGCGGGAAAACUAGCUCAAAAGAUCAUCACCACCACUCGGCAGCAUGGAGGAGACUGGGCCUAUCAGUUAUUUUUCUCUAAUUCCGGCACCGAAGCCAACGAAGGCGCACUCAAGUUUGCUCGUAAAUGGGGAAAACAUAUCCAAGGAAAUGACAAGUACGAAGUGGUGUGCUUUACCAAUGCUUUUCACGGACGAUCCAUGGGUGCCUUAUCAGCCACCUUUAACCCAAAAUAUCGGGAGCCUUUUUCCCCGUUAGUGCCAGGUUUUGUGAGAGUGCCGUUCAACGACACAGAGCAGGCGACAAGAGCCAUUACAGAAAAAACAUGUGCCGUAAUCAUCGAACCCAUCCAAGGUGAAGGGGGGAUCCACGCUGCUUCGGCAGAAUUUUUAAAAGCUUUACGGUCCCGGUGCAAUGAAAAGAAAGCCCUUCUCAUAUUCGACGAGAUUCAGUGUGGUUUGGGUCGUACAGGCAAACUUUGGGCUCAUCAACACUACGGUCAGCAUUGUCAACCUGACAUGCUCACGAUGGCCAAACCGCUCGCCAAUGGUAUUCCUAUUGGGGCUGUUAUGACCAAUGCCAAAGUAGCCGAUAUGCUUGUUAUCGGGGAUCACGGUACGACAUUUGGUGGAAACCCUCUGGCCACCGCUGCUGCAUUAUCCGUGUUUGAAAGAAUUAGUGAACCCGCGUUUCUCGAUACGGUCACUGUUUCAGGAGCAUUGCUCAAAGAUGGAUUGAUGAGUUUAAAGGAACAGUAUCCUGAUAUCAUCCAACAAGUGCGCGGUCAGGGAUUGCUCCUGGGAUUGCAGUUCAGCAAAGAUCCUGCGCCUCUGGUCAAGAUAGCUCGCAAGCAUGGAUUGCUCAUCCUAACCGGUGCUGGAAACACCGUUCGUAUUGUCCCCCCUCUCAAUAUAAAACCAAAAGAAUUAUGCCUUGGGCUGGAAAAGUUGGGCAAGGCGUUACAACAGUUUUUAUAG